UUUCGCCUCAGUAGGGCGCGACGAGAAUGGAGCGGGCCAAGGCAUUGCUCGGGCUCCUGCUCCUGGUGCCGGGGCUUGUGGAGAGCGCGGCCGAGGCCCGCCGGGAUUCCUUGCGAGAGGAGCUCCUGCUCAGCCCCCUCCCAUCGGGGGACCUGGCCGCCACCUUCCAGUUCCGGACUCGCUGGGAUUCCGACCUGCAGCGGGAGGGCGUUUCUCAUUACCGGCUCUUCCCCAAAGCCCUGGGACAGCUCAUUUCCAAGUAUUCGGUGCGUGAGUUGCACCUCUCCCUCACUCAGGGCUUCUGGCGGACACGGAGCUGGGGCCAGCCUUACUUGCAGGCUCCCUCUGGCGCUGAGCUCUGGGUCUGGUUUCAGGACUCCGUCACUGACGUUGACAAAGCUUGGAAUGAUCUUAGUAACAUCCUCUCUGGGAUAUUUUGUGCCUCUCUGAACUUCAUUGAUUCCACCAACACAGUUGUACCAACAGCCUCCUUCAAACCUCUGGGAUUAGCAAAUGUUACAGACCAUCGUUUCCUACGAUACGCUGUCUUGCCCCGUGAAGUUGUCUGCACCGAGAACCUCACGCCGUGGAAGAAGCUGUUGCCAUGUAGCUCAAAGGCUGGGCUGGCUGUCCUGCUGAAGGCUGAACGCUUGUUCCACAGCAGUUAUCACUCUCAGGCUGUGCAUAUCCGUCCUAUCUGCAGGGAUGCCUCUUGCCUGAGCGUGUCAUGGGAACUCCGACAGACCCUUACCGUCGUCUUCGAUACUUUUGCCACUGGCCACGGAAAGAAAGAUUGGUCCCUCUUUAAGAUUUUCUCUCGCACUCUUACUGAAGCGUGUCCUCUGGCAUCUCAAAGCAAGGUCUACGUUGACAUUUCCAGUAAAGGCCAGGAGAAAGAAUUACUCGAUGUUUCCCCACCUCCCUUGUCAGUACAUGAAGCGUCAGUCCAAGGAGACAGACGAACGUAUGCAGUCUAUGACCUCCUGAACCCAGCCCUCUUCAAUGGGUCUCGCAGCCUCAACUUGCAAUUAAAAUGGAAGCGGCCUCAGGAUAGCUUGGAGCUGACGGUGCCUGUGCUCCAUGCUCAGCGCUACGUAAGCGGCUAUGGCCUUCAGACAGGAGAAAUCAGCACCCUGGUCUAUAACGCACACCCCUACCGGGCUUUCCCUGUGCUACUGCUGGAGACUGUGCCCUGGUAUCUACGUCUCUACAUUCACACGUUGACCAUUAUCACGAAGGGAAAGGAGAACAAGCCAAGUUAUAUCCACUAUCAGCCCGCUCAGGACCGACAGCGGCCCCAUCUCCUGGAGAUGCUGAUUCAGCUGCCAGCAAACUCUGUCACAAAGAUCACCAUCCAGUUUGAGAGAGCCUUGCUGAAGUGGACAGAAUACACUCCUGACCCCAACCACGGCUUUUAUGUGAGCCCAUCUGUCCUGAGUGCCCUGGUCCCGAGCGUCAUUGCAAUGAAAGAGGAAGAGGAAGAUCUAAGCCCCCUCUUUGCGUCGCUGUUUCCUUCCAUGGAUGGCUCCAGCUACUUUGUGCGCCUCUACACAGAGCCGCUGCUGGUGAACCUGCCCACCCCAGACUUCAGUAUGCCGUAUAAUGUCAUCUGCCUGACCUGCACUGUGGUAGCCGUGUGCUAUGGGUCCUUCUACAAUCUGCUGACCAGAACCUUCCAUGUGGAAGAACCCAAGAAGGGAGGCCUAGCCAAGCGACUGGCGAACAUAAUCCGUAAAAUGAGAGGCGUCCCACUUCUUUGAGGGCAGUUGGCUCAGACACUUCUUGGGGCUUGAGAAACUCUAGAGCCAGGACUUACAGAGGCAAAUCUGUGAGAGGCAGUUGGGCUAAGCAAGAUAUUUUGCCCUUUAGCUCCUUCACAGCCAAAAGAGCCACUGAUGUUGUUGUCGUUAGUGGUGGCAGGCAGGCACAAUCACUGAUCUUGAGACUGCAAAUGCAAAAUGCCGAGGGGGAAAAGUCUGCUCUUAUAAGGGUAACUUUUAUGUUCUGUAGAGAGGCACUGGAAAUAAAACUGUUCUGUGACUGUACUUUUGUUCCCUGUCACUUGGCCUUGCUGAA